CGCGCUGCGCCAGUUCGGGUUCAAAUUAAAAACAUUCUCUGACAUGACAAAGCUAGAAAGCAUUUUAGAAAAUGAUGUGGAACGUAGGACACUUAUAUCGUAUUUCAGCGGAAUUGGAGGUAGCCAAUCGAAUGUUGUUGGCAGAAUCCUCAGUCGUGCGAUGACAAACGAGCUGGCUAGCCAAUACUGCUACAAAGGACAAAACGAAGAAAAGCGUGCAUUCCAAAAUUUGGCCCUAUGUUCCGCUGUUAUCGAAUCCGUUCGCUGCCAAAAAAAAUUAUCCCUAACGGAAGACGCAAUUGAAUCUAAAAUUAAAAACUGGUUGCGACAUGCGCGGGCUAGAAAAGAUGGCAGCAGCAAUGAAGAAGAAUAAUUUUAUUACAUGUUUUUUGUGAUAAAAAAUGUGUCAUACACAAGACA